AUGUUGGUUUUCUUAACAAUAGUCAUUAGUCUUGUUAACGCUCAAUUUACUUGUAAAGAUGCUGUUAAAUUUAAUUUACCAACUUAUUUUGGAAAAGCAAGUUUUGGAUCAAAUACAUCAGUUUCACAAAUUAUUGAUGCAAAUGGACAAACCCAAACGGCUUAUGGUAUUUAUUAUAAAGCAACUGCUCCUGAUGACUUUGACAAUACAAUUAUUAAUAUAAAUACAUGUGAUGCUUCUACUGUAAUUCCAUCUGAAAUACUUAUUUUUGAGGGGUGUUCUUCAGAUGGCGUUGCAAGUAAUUUUAAGACAAUUUCUGGAAUAGACAAUGGUUGUAGUCUUGCUUCAGAUUUUCCAGUUAUUGACUUUGAAAUUAAAAAAGGAGUUACUUAUUAUAUCCUUGUAAAAUUAGUUAAUCCAGAUGACCAAGGAGUAGUUUCUUUCAGUAUCACUUCUUCUCAUGAAGACAAUCCUAAUGUUGAAUGCAAUGUUGCAAAAGAAGUUACUCAAGUAAGAUUUGUUGAUAGAGGGUUGUUAUUAAAGAGUAAAGUCCCUGCUAGUAAACCACUUUGUUAUAAACAAGCAUACCCCACCUUAUGGUAUAAAAUUAAAGGAGAUGGUAGAUAUUUAGUUGUUAAUACCUGUAAUUAUUAUACCAAUUUUGAUACACAUCUUGUUGUUGUUAAAGAGUUAAAUAAUUUAGUUUGUACUGAUGCUAGAUGUAUGAAAGAAGCAGAUGAUGGUUGUGGAAAAUCAUCAAAGUCAUCCAUACUUGCUUUUAAAACAGAAGUUAAUGAAGUGUAUUAUAUUGGGGUUAGAGGUAAUCUUGGCGAAGAAGGACAGUUUGAAAUUUCUAUUGAUUAUUUAUCUGAGUCAAUUCCAGCUACUUGUACCAGAUCACUCCCAAUUAAAUUACUUCCAUUUACAAGAACCAUUGAUAUUCCAGAUGCAUGGCCAACACAAGCAGGUGCAUGUUUAGAUGAACAAGAACAUAAAUCAGUGUAUUUAACACUUGAAGGAACAGGAAGUGAGGUAGUUAUUUCUACAUGUAAGUCACUUGAUUCCAGUUUAAAACCAAUUGGAGUUUCUGUAGAAUUAAUUAAUAAUUGUGAAGAUGAGAAUUGUGCAUUUGAUGGAAGUGAAUAUGGAGAGUGUGGUGAAAAUAAUUAUAUUGUAAAGAAAACAGAAAAAGGACAAAACUAUUAUAUUAAAGCAUACUGCAAUACUGGUAAUUGUGAAAUAACUCUUUCUGUUUAUGAAAAAGCUAGUUCUCAUGACACAUGUGAAAGUGCACGUGAAUUAAUUAGACCAACACAAUACAGUGAGAUUGCUGAUGUUAAAAGACUUCAAACUUCUAUUCAUGGAUGUCAUUCUGUUGCAAAGACUGAUGCAGGAUUAUGGUAUUUGUUAAAACGUAGUUCAGACAUUGUUAAUGAAAAGUAUACAAUCCUUGGUAUGAGUGCCACACGAUCAAAAAUUGCUUGGAUUGAAUUUCCAUAUGAAUGUGGACUUAUACAAUGCGAACAAUUAAUUCAAGGAGAAGCACAUUUGUCAUUUGCUAAAGAAUCACAAUACAUAUUUGUUUAUUCCAAUAAUGAUUAUGGACAAAAAGGUCUUAUUGUUCAAUUUAUUUCAGAAGAAGAAAAUUAUUAUCAUAAUUGUCCUGAUGCUAUGUUUAUUACCCUUCCAUUUACUGCAAUUCAUUCAUUUGAUAAUUCUGCUUCACAAUUAUUAUGCUCAUCUAAAUCAGCUGCAUCUAGUUUUUACCGAUUUGUUUUACCAGAAGAUCAAAAAGUUGAUGUGUCUACAUGUUUCCCUAAGACAAUUAUUGAUACGGGUAUUGAGAUAACAACAGGAUGUUUUGGUGAUAGUGAUUUGAGUGCUUCAUGUAUUGAUUAUAAUUCAGAAGGAAAAGGCUGUGUUAAUGGAGCUGCAGCAAUGUCAGUCUCAUUAAAAGGAGAACAACAAUAUUAUCUUAAUAUUUAUUCUGAGUCUAAAUCAACCUUGAAUUUAAAGCAAUACAGAUUUGUUAUUUUCACUGAAGAAGUACCAAAGAAUUCUGUUUGUAAUAAAGCAAUUGAGUUACCAUAUGAAGAUGGAUAUUCUGAAUAUUUAGUAUUAAAUAGAUAUUCAAAAGAAACUAAUUUUGGUAGUGAAUAUGGAACGACAAAAGGUAGUUGGUUCCAUAUUAAUGUUAUGAAAAAAACAACUGUAACUGUUAGAACAUGUUCUCCUAGUACUACUUCUGACUCUUUGAUUGUUACUGCAAAUGAAUGUUAUGUUACUCAACAAAACAGUAAAGAAAUGUCUAAUCCAACAGAAUUAGAAGAUAUUGCUGUAAGUGGAAUUAAUAAUUGUGACAUUCAUGGUACUUAUCUCACUUUCAAUUUAGAAGCAAAUCAAAGUAAAUUCAUCUUUGUUGGACCUCAAAACUUCAAUGACGAAGCAUUUAUUGGAGUUGAAUUUUAUAUGAACUCUCCAGAUGAUGAUGACGACGACAAUGACAGUAGUUCUAGUUCUCAAAAACCAACAGAAAGUAGUAGUUCCAAUAACAACAACAAAGAUGACGAUGACUACAAUAACAGUACAACACCGAUUGGGUGGAUUAUUUUUGGAGUUCUUUUCUAUGUUCUUUUUGUUAUUGUGCUGAUUAUUACUAUAAUUGCCAUUAAAAUGAAACGUAAAAAUUCUGGAUAUGCUACUUUAGUUUAA